CCCUCUACAGGGAUGUCAUGCAGGAGAACUACGAGACGGUGACCUCGCUGGGAUUUUCCGUUCCCAAACCUGAGCUGAUCACCCGCCUGGAACGAGGGGAAGAGCCGUGGGUGCCCGAUCUCCAGGCCUGCGAGGAAAGAAGGCUUCCGAGAUGCCCCCAUACAGCAGGUGCUGAGCGAGGGAGUGAGAAUGAGGAUGGGAAUCAUCAUGAGGAAGUUCCUGGGGAAGUGGAACCACAGGGCACCUUUGUGGGAGGAGCUGAAGGGAAUUUUCCCUGGUGCUUGGAGCAGGCAGAAGCCUGGGGAAGUUGGCACAGAUCAGAGAGGCUUCUGGGAAACUAUCCAGGGAAGAAAGUGGAUAAAUCUAGUCAUGAUGGGGGAGGAGACGAGGAUUCCAGAGCGCAGCAGACAACUCUCAAAGAAGAGACACCCUGGCACUACAUUCAGUUUGGGAAAGAAUUCAUUGUGAGAUCACAGCUUGUGACACAUCAGACAGUCCAUACUGGUGAGAAUCCCCUUCUAUGCUUGGACCGCGGGGAAAGCCACAGUGGAGAGAAACCGUCUCAAUCCCUCGAGUGCAGGAAAUGUUUCAUUUCGAAGACGCAAAUAAUUAGACAUCAGUUAAGCCACACACGUGAGAGACCCCAUAAGUGCUUGGACUGUGGGAAAAGUUUCAUAAGAAGGUUACACCUUGUUGAACAUCAGGCAAUCCACACAGGAGAAAGACCCCACAAGUGCUUGGACUGUGGGAAAAGUUUCAGAAGAAGGUCACACCUUGUUUAUCAUCAGACAACCCACACAGGAGAGAGACCCCACAAGUGCUUGGACUGUGAGAAAAGUUUCAUGAAAAGUGCAGACCUUGUUAAACAUCAGGCCUUACACACAAGAGAAAGACCCCAAAAAUGCUUGGACUGUGGGAAAAUUUUCUUACUGAGGUCACACCUUGUUCAACAUCAGGCAAUCCACACAAGAGCAAAACCUCACAAGUGCUUCGACUGUGAGAGAAGUUUCAUACAGAUGUCACACCUUGUUGAACAUCAGGCAAUCCACACAGGAGAGAGACCCCACAAGUGCUUGGACUGUGGGAAAAGUUUCAUGGAGAGGUCAAAUCUUGUUAAACAUCAAGCAAUCCACACAAAAGAGAGACCCCACAAGUGCUUGGAGUGUGGGAAAAGUUUCAUAAGAAAGUCAAACCUUGUUGAACAUCAGGCCAUCCAUACAGGAGAGAGACCCCACAAAUGCUUGGACUGUGGGAAAAGUUUCAUAAGAAAGUCACACCUUGUUUAUCAUCAGACAAUCCACACAGGAGAGAGACCCCACAAGUGCUUGGACUGUGGGAAAAGUUUCAUGAAAAUGUCACAGCUUGUUAAACAUCAAGCAUUACACACAGGAAAAAGACCCCACAAGUGCUUGGACUGUGGGAAAAGUUUUAUAGAGAGGUCAAACCUUGUUCAACAUCAAGCAAUCCACACAGGAAAGAGACCGCACAAGUGUUUGGAGUGUGGGAAAAGUUUCAGAAGAAAGUCAAACCUUGUUGAACAUCAGGCAAUCCAUACAGGAGAGAGACCCCACAAGUGCUUGCACUGUGGGAAAAGUUUCAUGAGAAGGUCAUACCUUGUUCAGCAUCAGGCAAUCCACACAGGAGAGAGACCCCACAAGUGCAUGGACUGUGGGAAAAGUUUCCUGAAAAACUCAGACCUUGUUAAACAUCAGGCAAUCCACACAGGAGAGAGACCCUACAAGUGCUUGGACUGUGGGAAAAGUUUCCUGAAAAGCUCAGACCUUGUUAAACAUCAGGCAAUCCACACAGGAGAGAGACCCCAAAAGUGCUUGGACUGCGGGAGAAGUUUCAUACAGAUCUCACACCUUGUUCAACAUCAGGCACUCCACACAGGAGAGAGACCCCACAAGUGCUUGGACUGUGGGAAAAGUUUCAUAGAGAGGUCAAAUCUUGUUAAACAUCAAGCUAUCCACACAAAAGAGAGACCCCACAAGUGCUUGGAGUGUGGGAAAAGUUUCAUAAGAAAGUCAAACCUUGUUGAACAUCAGGCAAUUCAUACAGGAGAGAGACCCCACAAGUGCUUGGACUGUGGGAAAAGUUUCAUAAGAAGGUCACACCUUGUUUAUCAUCAGACGAUCCACACAGGAGAGAGACCCCACAAGUGCUUGGACUGUGGGAAAAGUUACAUGAAAAUGUCACACCUUGUUAAACAUCAGGCAUUACACAGAGAAGAAAAACCCCACAAGUGCUUGGAAUGUGGGAAAAUUUUCAUAAAGAGGUCAAACCUUGUUCAACAUCAGUCAAUCCACACAGAAGAGAUUCCACAGGUGCUUGGACUGUGGGAAAAGUUUCAAACGGAGGUCAAACCUCAUUAAACAUGGAAGAAUUCCACAAGAUGUAAACUUGAUGAUCAUAAUAGUGUAGACCAGUGGUUCUCAAAGGCAUUUCAUCAGCCUUCGCCCUCCUCUCCCCCUUCUUUGUGUCUUUGGUCUUUACGCCCCCACCCUCACAAGCAUCACUUUUCACGUGGCCACCCUCACUUCUGUGCUGCUCUUGGAGGGCUUCAGAGCUGGGUGUAUCGCCAGCAACUACUCUGCUGUUAGAGCUGAGUGGCGAUAUAUGUGCUUGUGAGGGUGUGGGCGUAAUGACCAAAGACACACAGAAUCUGGGGCGGUGGGUGGCUGAUGAAAUGCCUUUGAGAACCACUGGUCUACACUAUUAUGAUCAUCACAUUUACAGAAUGAUAAAUCUUCUCCAAAGUAUGUCUUGUGAGGUAUCACAAGGAAAGUCACAGUCUGCUUAAUAUUAUUGUCCCAUUAAAUUGUGUCUGUCAGCACUGUCCAUGGAGCUCGGAGAGUUUGCUGUAUGUUCGUUACAUGCUGUAAAGCUGGAAAACGCCCACAGAGGAGCUCCCCAGAGACAGUGGCACCUGCACACCAGCUAGGUGCUAAGUGGCCAGUAAUUGCUCAGCCGGCCCUUCACCAGCUGUGGAGCUGGGAACAAGAGAGUUACAAUUCACCGGAAGGACGGCUGGACGCUCACUUAGGCCACAGACUGAUUGUCCCCUGCCCCCGGCUGGGGGGUGAACCUCAAAGAGGAGAGUGGUACAAAAGCACAAGGGAGAAUUGCCUCAAUUUUCACCUCUCUUCUCUCAUCUUUACAGAAGGCAACAAGAUGGCUUGAAAGGCAACAGGGGCCUUGGAGUGGGGAGGACAGACCAAGGCUGGAAGGAAAUCCAGCCUGGGUACUCAGAACUGUGAACUGCCUGCAACAGCGGGUGGGGUGGGAAAUCCUGUUCGCUUCGCAUCUUCCUUAGUUUAGUAAUAUUUAGGAUUUAAUAAGCAUGUUUUAAUUUUGUAGUUUUAACAGUUUCUGAGCUUUGACAGCUUUCUCCCUUGUAAUCCCUGAAAACCCCCUUGCUCCAGUUAGUAAAGUGGUUUGAGUGUUUUGUCUGGA